CUAACACUGGCCAUAGCAAGAGUCGUGCUUCGCAGAAUCUACCACCGGAUCGGAAACGCGACUCACUGAGAAGAUCCGGCGAGAAACUCAGUGGGCGAUAGACCGAUGCUUGCGUGUUCUUAAUACGCGCUUGCUAUAUGACAAUGCUGAAAAUUUAUCAGUGCGUUCACAGUUCACUCCGAGACACAAGCCUUCGGAAGAUCUUGUUCGACGCACGUUGGAGCGUUAAACAGAGAUAAUUUUACUGUCGUCUCUCAUUUCGAAAUUUAGUUUUUUGUAAAAGAGAAGAAAGAAAAGGAAAAAUAAACGGUUAGAUAAUUGGCUUCAUCUUUGAAAUUUGUGUGGCGAGAAAUCAAAACGGAAAAAGUGUCUUAUAAGGCAAGAGCUCUUUUCGGAGAUGGGAUCACGUGAGAGGAGCUUUCAGGGCACGGAGCCGCUGCCCCAUGACCCUACCAACGACUUGGAAAUGGUCGAGCGAAAAGAAAACGGUGCUAAUCGCCACAGAUUGAAGGAUCUUGAUGACCUUCUGCCGUACAUGGGAGAGUUUGGUUGGUACCAGCGCAUGCUGUUCUUGUUGAUGAUACCUUACGCGUUCUUCUUCGCGUUCGUCUACUUCGGGCAGAUAUUCAUGGCCAUAACUCCGGAGGAGCACUGGUGCUCUGUCCCGGAAUUGGCGAACUUGAGCGUGAUUGAACGGCGUCAUCUAUCCAUACCGAUGUUAAACAAUAAAUAUUCAAAAUGCGAAGUUUACGAUGUAGAUUGGUCGAAACUGUUACAAGAUGGCGUCCGUCAGCCGAACUCAAAAUGGCCGACCAAGAAAUGUCAAAAUAAAUGGGAGUUUAAUUACACUGAUGUUCCUUAUGAAACAAUUGCAACACAGCAAGGCUGGGUGUGUGACAAGGACAACUAUGCCGCCACUGCUCAGUCGGUGUUUUUCUGUGGGGCCAUACUGGGUGGAUUUAUCUUUGGUUGGAUAGCUGACAAAUAUGGUCGUAUACCAGCUCUAGUGGGUACGAAUGUAGCCGGAUUUAUUGGCGGAAUCGGAACUGUGUUUUCAAAUGAUUUUUUAUCGUUCUGCCUCUGCCGAUUCAUUGUGGGCUUAGCCUAUGACAAUUGUUUUAUUAUCAUGUAUAUCGUCGUGCUGGAGUACGUUGGCCUCAAAUGGAGAACCUUCGUGGCGAAUAUGUCCAUAGGAGUAUACUUCACGUUUGCAGCGUGCCUCCUACCCUGGAUCGCUCUAGCGGUCGCGGACUGGAAGAUUUAUACUCUGAUCAUUAGCGUGCCUUUAGCUUUGGCCGUCUUCACUGGCUGCGUCGUACCAGAGAGCGCCAGGUGGUUGAUAUCGCAAGGGCGGAUCGAUGAAGCACUAAAAAUAAUGAUGAGGUGCGCGAAGGUCAACGGUAAUGCACUACCAGAGGAUAUUAUCAAGGAAUUUCACGAAACAGCAACAGGAAUAGCUAAAGCCGAACAAGAAUGUAAGAACUACAGCGUAUUAGAUCUAUUCAAGACUCCUCGAUUGCGAAAGCACAGCAUUCUUCUGGUGUUCAUUUGGAUUCUAAUAGCCAUGGCUUUCGAUGGACACGUCAGGAAUGUGGGCACUCUGGGCCUGGACAUGUUCCUGACCUUCACUGUGGCUACGGCGACCGAGUUUCCAGCCGAUGUUUUGCUUACCCUGGUCUUGGAUGUUUUGGGACGACGUUGGCUGGCCUUUGGCACAAUGGUUUUCAGCGGAUUAUUCAGCUUACUAGCCACCACAGUUCCAAUAGGUAUACAAUCAGCCUCGCUAGCCAUCGUCGGACGAUUUGCGGUCAACAUAUCCUACAAUAUAGGGAUGCAGUACGCAGCCGAGAUUCUGCCCACCGUCGUGAGAGCUCAGGGCCUAGCUCUGAUACACAUCACUGGAUAUGUUGCAACAAUACUGGUGCCGUACAUCGUAUAUUUGGCAACCAUUGCGACCGAAAUACCCCUUCUAAUAUUAGGCACUGUGGGCAUAAUUGGUGGAAUUUUAUGCCUCUUUCUACCGGAAUCGAUGGGCAAAGAAAUGCCUCAAACUCUUCAGGAUGGAGAAGAGUAUGGGUUGGAGCAGAAGUUCUGGGAUUUUCCGUGCUGCACCAGCGGUAUCCUGAGGAGACGGGGUAGAGUCCGGGCUAAACGGGAGCGAUGGUGGAUCAGAUUCAGCCAGGCUGAUGCCCAGCGUGUGCCAAUCCACCACAGUCCUCGUGACGGGAACGGAAUCGGGAGCGCGACCGAGCUUCAUAACGACGGGACGGUGGUCUGAAUCUAACUCUGAAACUACUUCGAUCGAGUGACCAAAACCCACUUUUAAAUAGAAAUUCUUAAUGAAAUUUUAUUCUCAGCUGAAGCAAAUUUUGAAAAUAUUUCCGAAAAUGUUUUUUUAUACGGAAAUAUACGAAAAUAUUGUUAUUUAGAUCGUUAAAACAGCAAUUUUAUAUCAAUGUAAUCAGAUCUUAAACAAUUUUCGCAUUUAAACAAUAAACUUUGAAAUGGUUUUUUUUAUUACUGUAUACUGUGACAUAGUAAGUAAGCACUUAUAUAAACAUGUAACGUUUAAGUAUGAGAGCAGUAAUAAAACAUACUCAGAAGUGA